ACCAAAGAGCACAAUGUAACAACACCAUUCCCCGAGCUCAACUAGUGGUUCCGCUAUUCCCGACCGGACGUGAACGCAGCAUCUGGCCAGGGGCGGGUAGGCUCUAACCGUGCAGUAUGGCGGACGAUGGAGACAGUUCUAACGGACCAGUUGAUACAAGCGGCGGGCAGGGGGCAGCGGACGAGUCGGACGGGCUCGGCCUCGGCGGGAUGUUGCUGAAUAUCAGUAUUUUGGUUCUGGUGGUGGCGGUCUGUCUGGCGGUGUACCGGCGGUGGGGCAGGCGGCUCGUCUCUGACGCGGCCCAGGGCGACGAGGCCUCGGCGCUUCCCAAGAUGAGGAGACGGGACUUCACUCUGGAGCAGUUGCGGGAGUACGACGGACUCCAGAACCCCCGCAUACUGAUGGCUGUCAACAUGAAAAUUUUCGACGUGACCAGCGGCAAAAAGUUUUACGGGAAAGAUGGUCCUUACGGCAUUUUCGCAGGUCGGGAUGCUUCGAGAGGCCUGGCCACCUUCUGCCUGGAGAAAGACGCCCUGAGGGACGAGUACGACGACUUGUCAGACCUCAACGCUGUACAGAUGGAGAGCGUGAGGGAGUGGGAGAUGCAGUUCAUGGACAAAACCAGCAAUCUGAUGACGUCACCAAGGACUCUGAGAAAAUGGGAUAAGCAUUUUUCACUAUUUUCUGACUAUUAAUUGAGAAAAUAAUCAUCGUAUUAAUCGAUAAUGAAAGGAAUUGUUAGUUGCAGCCAUAUUUUUGUCAAUAAAAUAUCAGAAAAUAGUGAAAGACAAUUUCAUAAAGCCCAUGGUGACAUCCUUCAAAACGCUUGUUUUAUUCGACCAACAGUACAAAAUAAAAAGAUAUUGAUUUUAGAGCUGAAACGAUUAGUCAAGUAAUCGAUCGUUCACUCAACAGAAAAAUUAACUGCCGAUUAAUUGUUUUUAGUCAUUUUUAAACAUUGUCUAGUUGCAUCUUCUCAGUUGGGAGGAUUUGCUGCCUUUCUCUGCUUUAUGCUUUAGUUAACACACAAGUGUCUAAAGGUUUUGAAAUAUCGGUCGGCUAAAACAAGCUAAUUAAAGAUGUCACCAUGGUCUUGAGGAAUUUGUGAUCUUUCUUUAUUUCCAGACAUUUUAUAGAUCAAACAAUCAAUCGAUUAAUUGAGAAAGUAAUCAGAAGAUUAAUCGAUAAUGAAAAUAAUCAUUAGUUGCAGCCCUAAAUUAGUUUAUUAUAAGGCUAAGAAUACCAGAAAAUAUUCACAUUUGAAAACCUGAAACCAGUGAAUUUUUGUCAUUUUUGCAUAAAAUAAUCCAUCCAUUAUCAAGUUCUGUCGAUCUGUCUCUCUUUUAAAAAAAAAAAAAAAAAAAAAAAGGUUAUUUCUGAAAUGUGCAGUUGAACCAAACUUUGGAGUGAACUUGGGACAGACUUGCAAUAAACCGAAACUAAAAAUAUCUUCUGCCACAUCUGCUGAAUAACAGUUGAAACAGGAAACACUGAAACUGGAAGGAAACUGAGGACUUACUUUCAGAUACUUUUAUAUGUCAAAUUAUUCUGUUCUUGAAGUGCAAACGAUCCUAUUACAGUCUUGUCAUUUUAAAACUUUACCUCAAAGCUAGUGUUUUAUUUCAAAGUCUAGUCUCCUUUUUAAAUCCUGGGUGUCUAAUUCUGGACUGAAACCCCUCUAAGUAAUGUCAGGCCUCUGCUUACUUAAAUAACAAGUCUCUGGACACUCUCAACAAGUCCGCUUGAUGCAAGUAACACAUUUAAAGCUGAACUGAGCAGCUUUGGAAGUUGGCGUCCCCGAAUGGUGACUGAUUAAAUCGUGUAAGAAGAUGUAAAUUACUCACAGCAUGUUGUUUACCACAGUGGCUGCUCUGAGAUUCCAGCGUUGUCCCUGAUUUUCAGGACGAAAUUCAGGGCAAAUUUACUCGUUUCAGUGCGCAAGGAAAGGAUGUAGAGCUGAAACAAGUAGUCCAUUAAUAGAUCAAUAGAAAAUUAAUCGGCAACUAUUUUUAUAAUGGAUUCAUUGUUUGAGUCAUUAGUCUGUGUUAGCAAAUAUUUCAAACAUUUGUUUGUGCAGCUUCUAAAAUGUGAGGAUUUGCUGCUUUUUUCCGUUUGAUAUCAUCAGUAUAGCUUAUAUCCCUAAUUGAAUACCACAGCACGUGAUGUUCAGUAGGCUUCUGGGCUAAACAUGCAGAGAGUAAGACAGCUUUUUCUGUUGUAUAUUCACCACUUUUCUGGCAGAAUGAUUAAACUAAGCAUGAUAGCCAUCUUAAUCAUAAUGUGUUGCUUUUAAGUAGCUGGGAAUAUGAUAAAAGCAUGUAGAAAUGUAGAAAACGGUAUUCACAUCCUUGCUUUUCAUGUUGCGCCCUUGGCAGCCCUAUAUAUAAGACAAGGAAAAGCAGCAAAUCUAGCAAAAAAACAAAUCAGUUCACAUUUUUGGAUGAGAAAUAAUGAUUAAUCGAUUAUCCAAAUAGUUUCUCAUUAAUGUUCUGUUGAUUAAUUAAAUGACUAAUUGUUUAAUCUCUAACAUAAUUGUAGUCGCAGCACUAAAUUGACGUUUUCCAACUGAAGCCUUUGUGCCAUCUUUUUUAAUGCAAGAUUUUAUCGAUAUCUUCCAGAAAAAUAUGAUUACGUCGGGAGGUUGCUGAAGCCCGGAGACGAGCCGUCGGAGUACACGGACGAGGAGGACAUCAAAGACCACCUGAAACACGACUGAGCGGUUCCAUCACAUCGACCAAAGCCAGGAGCCCCAAACAGCUGUGACAGACCGCCCCAGCCCCCCAGACCUCCUCCUCCCGCCCCUUCGAUCUACCUGCCACUCCUUUCUCUUGCCCCUACUCCCCAAACUCUUCACCUCCUAAAUCUGUCCGGUACUGUGGCUGUUCUGGAAGGGGAGGACUCAAGUCUCAACGCCCAGACCUCCCUCCCUCUUCAUCCUGCGAAGAUUACCACCAACAGAAAGCGAUUGAAAACCUUUGACGAGGUCUUUUUUAACGACAGAAAACAUGUUUUGGGGGGAGAGGGGUUGUGCCAUUAGGUGUAUUUGAAACAAAAUAUUUUAGUCAUUUCUCCAGGGGGGAAGUGUGGUCAACGUGGUCGCCGCUGAACGCUGGGUGGAGGUUGGUCAGAGGUAGUCAGACAAACGCAUUGGUCAAAGCUGAUCUGUGGAUCAGGAUGGGGAAACGGAUUUCUCUUUUUUUUAUCUUCAGUUUAGUCACAUCACAACUGAAACUGCUUCAGCUUCGGACAGCUCAUCAAUCAAUCAUUUCUGUUUUGUGUUCAAAUCAUUUCCCCCCCUUUUUUCAGAGGGCAGCGCUGUGGCCUAAACAGUGCUGUGGAAAUUGGCGGGACGUCGCAUUUUUCUGUUAUGUUUGUAGUGCACGCACUACUAGUUUUUUUUGUUUGUCACCAUGUGAUUGUAUUUGUUGAGUAGCAUAGAAGGAGGGAGAGUGGGAGGGAAGGUUUUUUUGUUUUUGUUUGUUUUUCAGAUGGGGUUGGGGGGGGGUUAAAGGUCCUUGCCAUAUGAAUCCUGUUUUGAAUCACAUCUGACGGACUGAAUCACUGAUUGGGAAUACAAAGGGAAAGGUGAUAAGGCAGUCCUAAUCAAUCGACUCAAUUGUUUACAUGCCUCACAAGCCAGCUGCAAGUCUGUAGAUUCCCCUGAAAAUGGUCCAAGUAUUAAUUGUGCCUUAUUUUGUUUGUUGUGUCAGUCCUGACCGUUCUAACAGAGGAGGCGAGUGGAGGGAUGGAGGUGUCGGUUUUUCUUGACUCGGUCCCCCAGACUUUAAAGAAGGCAUACGUUCUGUCAGUCGUCCACACACAGACUGUAAUAUUUCCCCACUUCACAAACUUUGUAAAUAGACCAUAUGAAUUACUCAGUGUUACUGCCAUAUUUAUGUAGUUGAUGAACUCCAUAUAUGUAUAAUGCUAUGUCGUAUUGGCCAAAAUCCCCAUGGGUUUUUUUUUGUUUGUUUUUUUUGGUUUGUUUGUUUGUUUGUUCCCUCUCAGUUCUGGACUUCUUUUUAAACGUGGGUGAAUUUCCAAAUAGGAGGAGUGUUGCAAAGUGCUGCAGGGCGGGACCGGGAGGCGUUGCUUAUCCUGUAAAUAUAUCUAUCAUUUUAUUAAAGCAUGUGCAACAACAAAGUGAGCUAUGCCGAAUUCCCACUACGUCAUGUAUUUAAAUGUUGGGUGUGUGUGUGUGCGGGUGUCUGCGUGACAGAGGCAGGAAGGGAUUUGUUCAUGCAUAAUAAAUCGAUUUGGUUAAUAAUUGAA